UAGAUAAUAAAAGAACCUCCUCUCCCUCCUAUAAAUUGGAGCGAGACAUUUAUUUAAUGGCGUAGUCGUUGCAGGAUACCCGCUGUGAGAGUGUUGUCCUUCCAGAUAUAGUUUGAAACUUUUUUUUCUGUGUGCACCUCCUGGAGUUGCAAGGAGUGAUAGUUUUGAAAAUUCAGACGUGAGUCCUUCUCCAGGAAGACCGCUCCAUAUUCUGAAACUUUACUUUUUAUGUGUGUACCUCUCGGGGACGUAUUUUGACUAUUUGCAUUUUGAUUAAUACGUGUGUGCCUCCUCGGGAAGACCUCUCUGGUUAUUUGGUAACUGAAGUGCGAAAUUUGGUGUGUCUGCGUGCUUGCGCCUCUUGGGGAAGUGAGGAAGUGAUAUUUUGUGACUAAAACGUGUGUGCCUCUCCAAGAAGUUUUAUUUACUACAUUGAAACCUAGAAAGUGUUGCUUUAGCGUCACAUUUUUUGUGCUCCCCCAAAGAAAGGGAGGAGUGAUUGGAGCAUUUGCAUUUGUUUAGUUGUGGUGUAUCUCCCUGGGAAGAGAGGUGAGGAGUAACUGAGCUUUUGAAUACGUGUACCUCCUCCUCCCUUAGUAUAGAUCUUUCAUUGUAUUAAGAAAUGAGUAACAGUAUUGUCAGUAUGAAAAGUGAAGAUGUGUUAUUUGACCUUUUAGAAAAGCAUGGUGCUCGUCCCUCUUUAUCAGGGGUGGACUGGGCACGCCAAAAUUGGCAUAAUUUGCAGAGUGUUUCGGACCGCAUUAGUGUCUUACAGAAUGAGGCUCGUACUCGAGCUGGAAAAGGAAAGGCGUUUAUUUGUGCCGUACUCGUGGCCACUUUAAAAGCAGCCGUGGAGUUCCGAGAUGAAAAGCAUUCGGCAGAAACCCAAACUAUACAAGCACUGCAGGAAUCGGUUAAAGUAACACAAGAAUUGGUGAAAACUCUGCAGAAUCAAAUAGUGAACCUUGAGGAACAAUUAGAAAGAGAGAAAUGUAAUUCGGCUUUGUUGCAAAUGGCUUUUAAGGAACUGCUAACGUGUAAGCAUGCCAGCCAUACCGUCACCCACAGUUUGCCUCGAGAAAAAACUUUUCCUCUGGUGGAGCUACCAGGAAUGAAGGAAAGGCUAGAUAAAUUAGAAACUCCAAUAGCUCCAUUGCGUCCUUUGAUAAAAACUGAAUACAUAUUCGAUAACAGUGAGGAUCUAGAUCCUCAAAUGAAUGUUAAGGAAAUUCCCUUCUCAGCCACUGAACUGGCGAAAUUGAAGAAAGAUUUCAGCCGCUCUCCAAAGGAAUCAGAAACAGAAUAUGUAUGGAGGGUGAGUCCCACUGGUGGCGACCAGAUUCUGCUAACAGAAAAGGAGGCGGAAGGUUACUGGGGACCAGGAGUAUUUUUAACUACUGGCAACAGUAGUGCUCCCUGGUCCUUAACACAAAGGGCUGCCUAUUGGGCAGGUGGUCUCAACCCUUUAGAAAGGGGAGACACUCUUGCCAUUACUGGAACAGUUGAUCAGUUUGUUCCCUCAUAUUUUUUAACCCUAUUAACAAAGCCCAAAAAAGGGCAAGUGGGUCUCUUCUUUUAUUUUACAGAAGAUCCCCGUGGGACCUUGACAGAACAUAAAAAAGCUAAUAGCUGA